AGGGAAUUAAUCCACUUCGUACGAUGGAUUUAUGUCCAUCAGUAUCAAUGAUUCUUUAUGGUAGCAAUAAAUCAGAUAAUGGAUCGAUGGAGAACGUUCAAGAAGUUGAAGACGGAUUGAAUAACGCAAUCGCAAGAUUAUUGAUAUCUGGUGAAGAUCGAGCACGCCUAACUAUUCAAGAUAUAUUGGUUCAAUACAGAGCAGAACAGGAAUUCAUCAGAGAACGGCAACUCGCCAAACUAAAAGAUUUGAGAAAAUAUCAAAAUCAAGUCAUGAAUAAUUUGCGUAGUCAUAUUAAAGAUGAUAUUACAGCUCCCAAAAAGGCACAGCAUUCAACACCUAUUAGUACCUCAGCAGAUAAUACACAAAAUAUGCAAUCAACGCAAACACCUA